AAUAUAAGCUGAUGACAUCACCACUGCCCACAGUAGAUGACAGGCAUAUAAAAGUGAAUGCAAGAAAAUCUUUCACAGAUGCUGAGACCUCACUGUUAUGAAGAAAUGGAUCACCUAAGCAACCUGUGUGAAGCAUGUUCCCGGCAAAAGAAAAUGGCCUCUAUACAGUCAAAGGCUCCUCAGCACACAGAUUACCUGCCUAUUCUGAAGAGGUACCUCUUUGUGAAAUACAUACAGUACAUGAUCCUGCCUUCUACAAAUAUCAUGGUAUUGGCUGCAGGGGCCUUUGGAACACUCCACGUCUCAGUCUUGCUCUUGUCUCAGGCUGUAUCUAGGAAGAGCACGGCAGUCUUUAUUUCUCACCUGGCAGCAGCAGAUGCAAUGCUGGUGCCUGCCAUCUUGUUCGAGGUUUGCUACCAAAUGGUUGAUGUCAAAUUCGCAUCAGAUGGCUUCAUCCGUGGCCUCAUUCACAGUUUCCUGACAGUGAACUCCUACGUCAGUUCUCUAAUAUUAAGCUGCAUCAGCCUAGAAGCUUUUCUCAUAACCCAAUUCCCUGUGCAGUCACGUUUUAUGAGGACUGUGAGGCACGCUAGAAGGACUAGUAUGCUUGUCUGGAUUGCCGUGCUCACAGUAUGUAUUAUCUUACAAGCUGAAUGUGUCACCAGUUAUGACAUUUCUGCAGCAGGCUUUGAGAAAGCUCCUCUCUCGGUGUUAUUCCAAUAUUUUCUGCUAAUAGCUCCUGCUGUUAGAUUACUGUUUGAUAAUCUAGUCAUUUGCUUCAGGUUUGUUAAUAUGUUCUUCUACUACAAAGUUUACAUUGCCAAGUCUUAUUCAAGGCAUUUCUCUAAUAGAAUAGGCCAUUGUUCUUAACAUACAAAAUUACCUUAUGUAUUAACUUAAAACCUUGUAAUUUAUUCAGUAUUUUAGGUAGACCUAAUGGGCAAUGAAAUAUUUAUAAUUAAAGAUUUAUUAUUUGAUGACAUGCAUAUAAAAAUUAAAAGGUGGAAACUUCUGACUGCA